AUGACAAUAAAAACCACCUACCUCAUCCUCUACAACACCCUCUCCUCCACCCUCUGGCUCCGAAUCCUCGUCGGCGUCAUCGCCGCAUUCCUCUCCUCAAAUAAUGUAUACCCUCACCUCGAGCCCCAAACAAGAUGGACCCAAACCCUCGCCAUCGUAGAAAUCCUUCACGCCGCAACAGGACUCACCCGAGCCCCCGUCUUUCCGACCUUCACCCAGAUCUUCACGCGCUGCGUCCAAGUCUGGGCUGUAAACUACCAGUAUCCCGAGCCGACGGCUUCAUCGCCUGCCUAUCCGGCUCUCCUGCUGGCGUGGUCCGCGGCGGAUGCUGUCCGGUAUGCGUAUUUCGGUUUUCUUCUGGCGGGGAUCAGGGUGGAUGUUGUUAAGUGGCUGAGAUACUCCCUCUUCAUUGUCUUGUAUCCCGUCGGGAUUGGGAGCGAGUGGUGGUUGAUGUACAAGGCUGCCGCUGCGACGGUCAACCCCAUCGGGGCUGGGGUUUUCUACUUCUGCCUUGCGCUAUAUGUUCCUGGCGCUUUCAUGAUGUACACGUACAUGCUUAAGCAGAGGCGCAAGGCUUUAGAGCGUGAGUAG